AGUACUUUUAUUGCUUUGUCUCUGGGGUUUGCGAUAACAGCCUUCAAUGUCCAAAUCAGUAUCAUAUGAUGCAGUAUAAUAUCUCCAAAACCUAUUCGUAGUCCAAGUUUCCAUGUCAAUUCUUCUGAACGCAUCUCGGCAUUAACGUGCAUUCUAAGCCAUCUCAGAAAUUUUCUUGACAAACGGUGACAUCUAGUGGUCAAUGAUAGAAUCUCACAUCAAUUCACCGGAACGCGCAAGACGGCCGCGCUACUGGAUCGCACAUCGUUAACUGUUUAAUGUAUACUUUUUGCACAGCUUGCUGUUUUCGAACCGGGAGCACAGCAGCUGUUUGAUCCAUAUGUUCAAAGAGUCUUCAUGCUCAUUACAUUUUAACAACUGGGACGACGCUUAAUUGAACAGACCGUCGCCACUCACAUAGUUGAAUGGUAAACGAAGCAUGAAAAUGGAUUGUGGGAUUGAUUUUAAUUUUCCUGGUGAAUUAAAAAAAUGUGGUGAAACAUUUCUACCAAUAGGGGAAGCUCUCUGGAAUUGUAAUUGUCGUGAAAACGCGGAAGUACCGUACCUUAUUUUGUUUUUAAUGAUUUCAAAAAGGAGUGACGUCAAUUUGCAAGAAUAUGUGAGAAGUGAGUGCAUUUAUUUGCCUCUUUAGACUCUCGGCCUCCUGCUUCUUUAAAUGUGGCGUUAAAAAACGUCAUUAGUUGGAGACCUCAGAGAAUUUCUCGGCUUUGAGGCGUGCAGCAAAGCAACCGAAAAGCAUUCAGUUUAUACCAUGGCGCGUUCGGCAGUUUCGUCCUUCCCGAUGCGCCGAGAAAAAUACAUUAUAAUUAAUUUAUAAUGCGUUAAUCAAAUAAUACGUUUGAAACGUGUAAAAAGCAAGAAGUUGUGCUUGAACAAAAAAGGAGAUGAAACUAGGAAAAUCACGUGGGGCAAAUCGUUUUAGCCAGCCUCCCAUUCGGGAAACGUGGGUAUGUAAAACACCCUCCUUUUGUGUUUAUAUUUAUUUGAUCUAUUAGUAAAUGUAAACUUCCAAAACUGUCGAAUAAAGUGUGUCACGAUGUAAGCUAGGUGGCUUCGCCUGUUUAGUACAUUAGACAUUGGUUAAGUUUUUAGCAACAGACUCUUUAAGUUUUGCAAUACAGAUAGGUUGCUGGAAUAUCCAGAUGUUGUAUGUUCGAUGUCAAAGACAUUCUGUUGAUUGGUUAAUUAAUUCAAAUACCGCAUAAUGAGUAGGCAGUAGGCUACUUAUUUUCAAUUAAUAGAUUGGCAGCCAUUGACGGCUUUUACUCUGACGUCAAUUACUUCCGGGUGGCAAAAGCCUGUGCUUUCUUAGUGGCACCAAAAAGUAAACACUUUCAUGUCUUGACGAAGUGAUUGACAAACCAUAGUUGGUGGCUUUUAUGAUCAUUUUAGCCUUCUUCUCCACCACUGUUGUUUGAAUGUGUUCGGUGUCAGUCGGAAGAUGUUGCACGAAGUACAUUGCUUCAAAGCCAGUCAGAACGCAGACCACAAUCUUCAUUUAAACAGGAAUAAGGAGUUUUGCCAUCGCUGAUCAUUUUUCAUCAAUUAAGUCGCUGUGCUACUGCUGAGGUGAAGAUGAAGAAAUUAUUUGCCAACUUCAACAAGAUGCGAGCACCAACUAGUGCACCAGACAGCGGUGGUCCAACCACUGCUGGCUACAAGGUGAAAAAAAGGAAGAUGGAAAAUUUGCACAAGGCUGCCUGGAUGGGUGAUGUGGGCAAGCUGCGAUGGCAUGCCAUGUGCAAUAAUGACGUUAAUAAGGUUGACAAGCACAAUAGAACUGCACUUCACCUGGCUUGUGCCAACGGACAUGCUGGGGUGGUGGAGUUCCUCCUCAGCAAACAAGCCAAGGUCAAUCUAUUCGACAGCCAAAAGAGGACCGCCUUGAUGAAGGCGGUGCAAUGCCAGAAUGAUCUGUGUGUGAACAUUCUGCUGGAGAACAAAGCUAAUCCCGACCUAAUGGACGCAGAUGGAAACACAGCCCUACAUUUGGCCGCCAAAAUCCCAUCACUCUCCUGCGUCAUCAUGCUCGUGAAGAAGGACGCUGACCUGAAUGUGAAAAAUCUGAAAGGCCUUUCACCCUUGACUAUGGCAGUCCGUGGAGACCACAUUGCAGUGACCGAGUUUCUCUUGAGGAAAGGCGCUGAUGUUAAUAUUUUAGACAAACACAAAAGGUCACCAUUAAUGAUCGCUGCAGCCAAUGGACAAAUGGACAUGGUGCGAAUGCUCUUAUUGUUUAAAGCCGAUUUUACACUGAUGGAUAACAAAGGACUAUCGGCUGAGGAUCACGCUCUGGCGAAUGGCCACCGACCCUGUGCCUUCCUUAUUACUGAGUACGGAACCAAAAGGAACCAGGCGCUCUCCCGGGCUCCUGCAGCUGAAUGUGACGAGACCAUCAAAUUCGAGCCGCAUCACCCAUCCGAAGCCCUCGAAGCUUGGGAAGGACCAUCUACUAGCAAAGAUGGUAUCUUUUCACCGAUUGCUGAACUUUUUGGGGCAAGAGCUGAGCAUUGUAUAAAUGAGGAACUUCAACCAAAAGAGACUGACCUGAACAAAUGGGGGCUGCUUUUAAGCAAAUGUGAAGAAGAAAGCAUCGAAAAGCUUGAGAUGGACAAAUCUAUCAAUGCCAGUCAUGGAAAUCUGCCUGCAUGCAAAGAGGAAUUUCAGCCCAGUCCAUCGCUUAAAGAAGAGGUGAUUUAUGUGUCUCCAAAAGUGCCCUUUGCUCUGCCAGUAACAAUCAGCCCGGACGACACAAAGGUUGUCGCAUCUCCUACUUCACCUGCACGUCUCCAUUCCCCAAAUGUGAUUCUUCAAGAGAGCGACGAAUCAGAUUGGGAUGAAGACAGUUUGAUUUCAUUUUGUAAUGAGACCAAAACAGACAAACGGCAGCUUCGGGAAGCACUCGGAGGAGGCGGCAAUGAAGUCUCAACACUGGAAAGUGACGGCAAAAAUUGUUUUUCUUCUGACAAGCUGCACCAACAGGAGGCAGCUCUACGUGGGAUCUGCAAUGAGAAACUUAGUGAAGAAGAAGAGGAGGAGGAGGAGGAGAAAUCCAUCUUAAGUAAUGUUGUUCAAAGUUUUAGGGAGAUGUUUAACGUACUGUCCAAAUCGGUAAGCAUUAAUGAAGAAAAGCAGGGUGACGCCACCUCGCCCUACGAAGAGUCAAGCGAUGAAGAGGAUGUGCAGUCUCUUCGGUCAGUUCAUCUACCCCACCAUUGGCUGUCUGGAUCAGAAGACUUUGUGGUGGAAUCCUCUGGUAGGGCCCUGGAAGAUGAGAAGAUACCAGAAUGUCAGUUGCCCGGUAGUGAGAACAUCAUAGUUCGGGAAGCAGAAGCACCACCCCGGAGUGAGACUCCAGAGUUGCUCACCAAGAAGGAGAGCAGUGUCGACUUUGUCAUCACAGGUUUCCCCGCUGGUCACGACACAGCCGACGACGCCAAAGUUGGACCUUUUCACAGCAUUCAGUUAGAAGAACCUGAGUUGGCCCACGAGACUCCUUGGACAAUGGCGAAUCUCAGUGCUCCCUCUGGCGCAGGUGGAAGGGCAUCAGAGGGACCUCCAAAUGAGCAACCUGAGACCAGGUUAGCCGAUCGAACUGAACCCUCUCAACAAGUAGAGAAAGCUGUCACCUCUCAGAGUGUGGAAUCGCAACUCACACAUGAGCUUUCCUUGGACAUCAGACUCGAUGGCCAGGCAGAAGAAUCUCAACUCGCACAUCAGUUGUCCUUGAACAUCCGACCCGAUGGCCUUGCAGAAGAAUCACAACUCGCACAUCAGUUGUCCUUGAACAUCAGACCCGAUGGCCAGGCAGAAGAAUCACAACUCCCACAUCAGCUGUCCUUGAACAUCAGACCCGAUGGCCUUGCAGAAGAAUCACAACUCCCACAUCAGUUGUCCUUGAACAUCCGACCCGAUGGCCUGGCAGAAGAAUCACAACUCCCACAUCAGUUGUCCUUGAACAUCCGACCCGAUGGCCUUGCAGAAGAAUCACAACUCCCACGUCAGUUGUCCUUGAACAUCCGACCCGAUGGCCUGGCAGAAGAAUCACAACUCCCACAUCAGCUGUCCUUGAACAUCCGACCCGAUGGCCUUGCAGAAGAAUCACAACUCGCACAUCAGUUGUCCUUGAACAUCCGACCCAAUGGCCAUCCAGAAGAAUCACAACUCGCACAUCAGCUCACCUUUGACAUCAGUGGAAUCUGCAGGGAUCUCUUUGGGUUUGACGGCACCUUAAGCGAUCUGUCGGAAGAUGACAGAAGGUGGAAAUCGGCGGAAUUUCUGAAAAGAACACCGAGCACUCUCACGACCACCGAAGAUGAUGAGAUAUCCAAAGAUACCGAUGAUGCCGGCAUUUCAGAAGACUCCGACAUUGCCCUCCACGUUCGGAAACUGGAUGCAGUCACCACAGACUCCAGAAGUAAGAAGAAUUUAUGGGACUUCGAUGAGCGCUACUUGCUGAAAGCAAAUGGUCAUCAUAGCGCUCUAAGACAGAGGCUGAGACAACUGGAAAUUUCAAAUCGUCUCUUGGAGCAAAGCAACAUGGAGUUGAAAACCGACGUCGCAAACCUCACAGUUCAGCUCACAGUGGCCAUGAAUACUAUUGUGUCGAAUGAAAGUGUCAUUAAGAAGCUUGAGGAGGAUCGGAAUCAGGCCGAAAUGCUUUUGGCGCAGAAUCAUAACACGCUGAAUGCACUCCAUCAGAAGGUCAACAGUCAACAGGUCAAGCAGAAAGAGAUGGAAGUGGAGAGCAAAAGGAGCAAAAGUAACGAGGAGCAACUGAGAUCCGAACUUGAGGUCUUACAGACCGACAGCAGCACCAAACAGAGAGACCUCGCCGAGGAGAAUGAGGACCUCAAGGACCAGGUCGAAGAUCUUCGGCACGAACUCAAACUUGUACAGCACAAUGAGAACCAAAAUGCCAUGGACUGGAACAAUACGAUUACCUCAUUAAAGUAUGAGCUCAAACUAGCGACUGACCGCCUGGAGACGGAGCAACAGGCCCACAACAACUUAGCGGCUGAGGCUCAGUUGACCCACGCCCGCCUGACUGAGGCUGAGCGAGCUCGGUCGGAAAUGGAGAAAGCUCUGCUUCAAGAGAAGGAUGAACACCAACGCCUUGCGAGCGAAGUAUCCUGUCACCGCGAAGCCGUCAACAAACUGUCCCUGAAGCUGUCCAAGAUGAAGGCACACGCAAAUACCAUGGAGAGCGACGCACGUCGAUACGAGGUCCAGAUGGUCGAGAAGACCAUGCAGCUGAACAGCGUGCAGCGCGAGAGCGAGCAGACGGCUUUGCACGUUAAGGAGCUGGAAGCCGCUCUGCAGGCCGAGAAGGAGCUGGCUGCUCGAGCUGCAUCGCGCCAAGAGAGCACUCAGGAGCAGCUAAACCAAUUUCAGAACGAAGCCACGUUGCUGCGGCAGCGGCUGGAGGAGGCGCAAAGCAAAGCCGUUGCAAAUGAGACCGCUUUGACAGACGCCCAAACGGGUUUCAACGACACGUUGUUUAAGGUCCGCGCCGAUUGCGAGGAAAGGGUGCAACAAGCGCAGGUGGGGCUCAAGGAGCUCAACUGUAAGGUGACUGAACUCGAAAUUCUCGUUCGUAAAUUAGAGCGGGAGAAAACGGAGAGACAGACAUGUCAGAGGCAGCUGCAGCAGGAGUUGGAUGACUCAUUAAAGAAGCUCUCAAAGUGUGAAGCUUCUUUGGAAUUCAGCACACGGUAUCGCACCGAUUUGGAAGAAGAGAAAACUCGGCUCCUCCGUGACAUUGAAAACCUUCAAGGAAAGCUGCAGGAAAGGGAAGCCCAAUGCAUUCGAGCGGAGAAGCAAAUGAUGGAGCGAGCAAGUCUUUUGGACGAAAGAGAAAAAGAACUGAGCAUUGCAGCGCGGAAACAGAAGGAAGCUCAGGCUGCUGCGGACGCCUCUAAUGACAUCACCAAACGGCUUGAGGAGGAUGUGCAAAGACUGGAGCUCAACAACAUCAGGCUGGAGGCUUCUGCAAAGCAACACGCCAACAAAUUUGAUGCACUUCAGAAGGCGGCCCAGGAGGACGCAAGGAUGAGGGCUCAAUUGGAGGACUUGGUGACAAAUCUUCAAAGCCGGAAGCUUAUGCUGGAGGACCAACUCAGCAAAGAGGUGCAAAAGCACAGCGUGUUGUCCAACAACGCCCAGGACACCCAACUCAUGUGGGAAGAGGAACUGAAGAGCCGCUCCAAGUUAGGACUGCGUCUAGCGGAGCUCGAAAAGCAAAAGAAUGAAAUCCACACCCAGGUGGAAAUGGAGAAAAAGAAAGCAGAGGAAUUAGCAGAGCAAAAAAGGGCGACAGACUGUCGUCUGGAACAGGAAAUGAAGAGAAAUUCAGAGAUUCAAAAGGAAUCGUACAGGCUACAAUCGAUUGCUAAAAUCGCUAAGAGGAAACUGCAGGAUCAGCAUAUGACUGGAGCGGACAAAGAAAAGUUAGUUCGCCAGGUGAACGAACUUCAGGCGCAGCUGGAGAAGGAAGUGUCCUCCCGCAGCCAGUUGGAGAGGACCAAGAGGCAGCUGGAGGAGGAGUUGCUGAGUCUCAGACGUAGCCAAGGACCCCCCUUGGACGGAGGCUGCGUAGCUUCGGCAGCCAACGCAAUGGGCCUCCAAUACAGAUGCCACUGCUCCAAAGCCCUCAGUUCUUUGAACGAAGGACCGAGCUACAGUGUGGAGGACUACCUGGCCAAGAUGCGGCAAGAUCUGGACGAAGCCAUGUCAAGAGAAUUAGCCAAUCCUUCUGUGAAACUGGACAUGUCUCCGGCCUGUGUGUCACCCGUGAGUAGAGCAAGGCAACAGUAUGCGAAUGUACUGAAGAAGAACCAUGAGGUAUAACCAGUUUGGAGCAAGACACGAUGGACGAUCCGAGGAGGAGGUGGUUUGGUUAAAAUGCCACCUCGACCCAAUUUAGUCCAGCUGCUUCUGGAUGGUGUUAGGUCACCGUAGUAAUAGUACAUUGACUGUAUUAGAAGACUGCAUCUACUCCUUUGAAAUGAGCAUUUUGCAAGUGACAUCAAGUUUGAAACUAAACUUAAAAAGAACAGCAAUAUCAAAAAAUGUCUCAUGUCUCAACAUUUAUUGGAUUCACUUUUCUUUCUGAUCUAGAUUGUCAAUGGGUGAAACGCAACUCCGAUAGAGAGUAAAACUUUCAGUUUGGGCUCAUCAUGUUGGUGCUCGUUGUACUGAAUGUUUUGAUGUCUCAAUUUCAGUCUGUACUUUUAGAUUUAGAAAACCUCAUCCAAUUGAACAAAUGGUAUUAACUGAAUGGAUAAACC